GUGCGCUGCGGUUGGCCGGGAGGGGGCACGGGCGGCUCUGUGAUUGGCGGGUUUGCGGAGACGCGUUUGGACAUGUACUGGAGGCAGUGGAGAUGAGCAAGCAACCGUCAGGGCCCCAUGUAGACACCAGAUCGUCCCUUCCUGUGCUGGUCAAGGCUGUAUGGCUGGUGAUGAAGACGAGGGAUGUUCAGAACUACGGGAGAAUUGUAGAAUUCUUGGAAUUAACCCACGAACAGGUUCCUGCUCUGCUCUGCUACAUGCACCAUGCUAAGCUCAGCACCGGUCUGAGGGGGAAGAUCGUGCUCCACAUGAUUGAAGACAAGAAACCUCUGCUGGAUAUUCUCACAGCGCUGAACCGUUACUUCCCUCCUGUCUUUCCAGAUGAUUCCUCAGAGGCCCAGGGCAAGGCGUUUAAGGUCCAGCAGAGUAAGAUACAUUUUCGGAAACUAGUCCUUCGGAUGAUCCGGGACGAAAAAUUUCGGCAAAAUUAUGUAACGAAUACUCUGCAUCUAGAAUACGGGGAUGCGUACAUGGCCGCUCUUGAGAAGCUGCUUUGGGAAUUCCUGUGCAGGCUGCAGACUAUUCUCAAUCACAGGUAUCCAAGGGUCCCACAAACCCCAGGGCCGCCUGCUGUAGACGAGGAGCAUCUCUCCAGCACCCCCCAUCACCGCAGUUCAGGACUGAAUUUUUCAAAAAUCCACGGUGGCGGAAGUACCAUGGCGAAGAAAAAAAGGACAAAUCCCAGAACCCAUAGUGUAGCCGCUGACGGGCCAGAAGAAAAUCCCAGUGUUACAGCCCAGUAUGAGGAACAUCGAAAUUUUACAAAGAAUAAACCAGAUUAUUGGAAGUAUGAAGGCAACAGGCAAAGUACAUCGCAAAGCUUGGUGCAGGACACCAACAGGAGGACGCUAGAUUUAAUCCGUAGUGUUGAAAACCACGCGGAUGAACCUCAGCGGCCAUAUUUUGAGAUUUUCGGAUUAGACUGCAGUCAAACGUCUAAAGUCAAUCACUGUGAAAACCUUUCUCCUCCAGAUCCGUUGCAAUCUCAGGGCCACGAUCCUAACCUGGAGCGUACUUCAGAUACGACAGGACAUGGGUCGUGUACAGACAUACAGGUCACAGACGUAGCUCAAGCGAGGAGGCAAUCUCCAGUGUCCAGCCAUGUGUCUAGAAGGAACCAUGAAGGACAAGGUAGGGCCUUAGCUCAGGGACUGAUGACAGGGAAGUGGCAGCCGAGGGUCCACCUAAGAAAACUACCUUUCAAUAUCAUUGACAAGAAUCAACAUGAAGAAAAUGUGACUCCUCAAGUAGCCGACUCCGAGUUGUCGCCAAGUGAGACUGUUCCAGAAUCUGGUGGCUGGUCCUGGGUGUGUUCUGAUCCCACGGACAAUGACAGCAAUGAUCCUGACUACUUCCCCGGACACAGUUUUUUCCGUCCCCUCGGAGAGCAGAUGUGCAGAAUUCAACAAAAAAGAGGCCUCCGCUUUCCCUCUCUGCCGUAGAAGUAAAGGUGGCCAUAUACAUCAGAUGAAUUUUGGGCAAACCUGACAAUGUUGCCGAGACCAGCUCCAUCCAAUAUGCACGAGGGAAUCCUGACUCUCUCGUCGUGUCCCAUUACCUCUAGGAAGGGUGCUCUCACGCUCCGUUCUUUUACACAAUCCGUUUGUACAUACGGUUUUUGAUAAUUUUUAUCAUGUGGUAGCUUUACCUGUUCUUAUUUAUG